GCACAGGAGCUUAGAGAGGGGAUCUGCAUCGCAAGUAGCUCUGAGUGCAGCAAGCGGUGGCUGUUUUUUACAACCUGUUUUUGUUUUUCUGAAGAGGAGAACAAGAAGAAGGAGAAGAACCAAGCAGAAGAACGCAGUUUAGAAAAGUCUGGUCUGUGUCCAAAGCUCAGGGAGGACAAGGGAGGAAAGAAGCCCGGAGGAACACAAGGCAGCAAUGGAUAACAGAGUCCAGUCUGACCCUGGGAUGGCCUGGAUUCACACACUGCUGCUGGACACCAUCCAGCACACACACUAGGCUGCUAACGCCACUGAGCUUUCAUGUGCCUGUUCAGCCAUGCUCCCGGGGUAUGGAUUCUCACCUUUUCCUGAUUUCCAGCCUCACCUUCACGCCAUUCGCUGCCGAGGAGAAACUCCCAGCAUGUGGAUCCCAGGCGGCUCAGCAGAGUCCCAGAGUCUGAGUGAAGCCAAGGAGGACAGGCGCCUCCUCCACCCGUGUCACCACAAGCAUGUCGCUGUGUGCCAGCAGGAAACAUUGGCUUUUAUUGAGCUACAGCCGCCAGUGACUCACAAAUUAAAUGGUUUUGGCUCUUCGAGACCGACUGUUAUACCACACGCAUGCUGCACAACACACUCUCAGCCUCUGAAUGGCUGCAGACAGACGCUAAAUGAACGGAAUGACACACACAACACCUGCCACAGGACAGACAAGGAACACGCAACAAAUCUGAAUUUGAACUCUCACACACUCACCGCAGGUGACGGUGAGCUCGAAUGCCAAAAUGGCAUCAGGACUGAGAAGCCACGAACUGUCACAACUGUGUGUCGUCCACUCCACGCUGCUCUUAGCCUCCCUCUGUCAUUCCCUCUGUCCUCUCUAUACACAAACAGAGAUUCCUUGGAAUCUCAGUUACCUUCCUCACCUGAAUGUCCCAGCUUUCAGGGCCCAGACUCCUGCCAGCGUCAGAGGAGAACAUCACAAGGUUCCCUGAAAGAGAAGUCUAUCCGGAGAAAGAUGCAGGUUUAUUCCCCAGACAGUCCAAGUGAUGAAUCACUCAGCAGCCCAAUCCUGGAUGCAGACUACAUUUUUCCAGGACCUUUUGCAUCUUUCUUAGAGGAAGACCUCAGUGGAAUAUCUUCACUAGAGACCAUUUCUAGUCCCUCAUCCACAGACGGUGCUACAGAUCUCUCAAACACCAGUCAUGAUGACAUUUUUAAUCUACCUGCAGAACCGCUGCAGAUAAUAGAAGACUCUAUGCCAGGUGUAGGGGAGGAGAGCGGCACCGUAGACACAUCGAUUGCCACAGGGGGGAGCUUUUUAUCACGCAGCCGGCAAGGCGACCAAGAACGGCGACGCUUCUCAGCUUCAGAACUGAUAUCAAGACUUCAGCUGUCACAAAGGAAGAACUCCUUCACCUUGAAGCUGGGGAAGUCGCUGUCUGCUCGGGUAUCCUCCAGGGACAGACAGAACUCCAACAGCCUCAGCACCAACUCUGACAAUAAGUCCAGCUCGAGGCAGCGCAGCUCAGGAGGCUCUAGUGAUAGUGCUCCCCACAGUCCUGUGGGACCAGCACCCUCCUUUCCCAGCAGUGAUGCUGGGAUGCCUUUGCAACGCUGGAGCGCCAAACUUGGAAUGCGUAAGAAAUCCAUAGAGGAGGACGCGGGCACGCUCCCACCUGUUACUACUUCAAAUCGACUAUCACGGUUUUUGCCUAGUUCGAUUCUGUACCAGGAAUACAGUGACGUCGCCAUUAACAGAGAGAUCCAGAGGCAGCAAGGGAAGGAUCCAGGCACAGAGGAGGAGGGGCUCAGGGAAGAGGGGUCCGAUGGGACCCAGUCUCCAUCGAAUCUGUCCCCAUCCAGCUCCUUUCGCUCAUCACGAGGUUCUGCUUUUGCACUGUGGCAGGAUAUACCUGAUGUUCGCAGCAGCGGUCAGCUGGACAACUUCAGCAAUGAAGAAAGAAAAUUACAAGAGGCAAAGUUUGAGUUGGUGACAUCUGAGGCGUCAUACAUCCGCAGCCUGACAAUCGCAGUGGACCACUUCAUGCUGUCGCCGGAGCUCGCUGAGUGCCUUGGAGCUCAGGACAAACAGUGGCUCUUCUCCAAGCUGCCCGAAGUCAAAGAUGUCAGUGAGAGAUUUCUUCAGGAUCUGGAGCACAGGCUGGAAGAAGACAUUCUCCGUUUUGACGUGUGCGAUAUCGUCCUGGAUCACUGCCCGUCUCUGCGAAGGGUUUACCUGCCCUACGUUACCAACCAGGCUUACCAGGAGCAGACGUACCAGCGUCUGCUGCAAGAAAACCCUCGUUUCCCCGGCAUCCUGGCUCGCUUGGAGGAAGACCCCAUCUGCCAAAGACUCCCUCUGACCUCUUUUCUAAUCCUCCCGUUUCAGAGGAUCACACGGCUUAAAAUGCUGGUGGAGAAUAUCUUAAAGAGGACAACUCCAGGUUCCCGAGACGAGGACACUGCCACGAAAGCUUUCAAUGAGCUAAAAAAGAUCAUCAAAGAAUGUAACUCCAGUGUGCAGUCAAUGAAAAGGAUGGAGGAACUCAUCCACCUCAACAAGAAGAUCCACUUUGAGGGCAAGAUCUUUCCUCUUAUCUCGCAGUCACGCUGGCUGGUAAAGCAUGGUGAGCUCCUGGAAGUGGACACUCAGACAAUGAGCAUUUCUGGAUCGAAAUUCAAGUUACCCACCAAGCCUGUGUACCUGCACCUGUUCAAUGACUGUCUCCUGCUGUCCAGGAGGAAGGAUACAUGGAAGUUUGUGGUGUUUGUCCACGCUAAAAUAGGAGAGCUGAAAGUGAAGGAUCUCAGUCAGAAGCUGCAGGGCAUCUCAGGCUUCAUCUUCCACCUGCAGCUGUGUGAAGGCCAGCAGCUCAAACAUCAGAUUCUGCUCAAAUCACACACCGAGAGUGGGAAGCAGAGAUGGAUCACAGCCAUGUUCCCUUCGGACCCACUCGUAGACAUCGAGCAAGCCAAUGAAAAUGAUGAUAUAUCGCAGGUUCAGUGCAUCAAAAGCUACCAGGCCCAAGAGCACGACGAGCUAACACUGGAAAAAGCUGACAUUCUUCACGCUAAGACCAUUACAAGUGAUGGCUGGGUGGAGGGCAUCCGGCUGUCAGACGGGGAGCGGGGCUGGUUCCCCAAAUCCUACGUGGAGGAAAUCACGAGUCGCAGCGCGCGCCUCCGCAACCUCAGAGAAAAUAUCCGCAUCAAAUGUGUCACGCAGAAACUGAAGGGAGAGGACUAACUCUUCUAACUGCAGCGUGUCAAGUGCUGCGUUUGCAUUCUGAAGCUUGUGGAUUUUCAAGUAUGCAGGUUCUAAAGCAAGCCAACAUUUUUGAUUGUUUUUCCUCACGGUUGCCAUUAGCAGUUUCCUUUAGCACGUUAGCUCCGAAUAGAGUUUUAAAAUGAGAGCACAAAGCUUCUAAUGCUAAUUCUCCACUUUUCGUUCAGCUUUUCUACAGUGGGAAUCUGUUCACAAAAAUUCCCAUAAGGAUGAAUUUAACAGAUUUACCAUGUGUCACUUUUUGCAUGAUUCAAUGCCAGUUUUACAGCCUGGCAACCUUUUCAAGAAUCUGACAGUUUACCUGCAUGCACAUUUAUCACCAAAGGUAGUAAAUGUAAACUCCUGUGGUUAUCUGGCCUCUGUGGGGUGCUGGAGGUUCAUUCUUCUAAUCAGAAAUUUACUUGAUGCGGAUCCUGCUGCUGAGACGCAUCAGGAUACACGACAGGCCAUUUGUCUUCACAUAAUAUAUGAUUUCUGACCAACGGUCCAUUAAUUAUUUACAUCCACACAUUAAAGUCAUAUAAAUUUGGUAAAACAUGCCUAUUUACAAUGUGCUUUCAGGAUGGUGUUUUAAAAAUAAAAUAGGUUGUAGGGAUUAAAUACUGGUCACACUGUGUCCAAAUGUGUAGACAAACCCUGAUAGUGUAUUCAUCUGUGCCAAAGACUUCAGAAUCUGUUGGUUGAAUUUUUAACAUCAGUUUUGAUUCAGUCCUGUGGCUUUCAGUAUUGACCAGAGCACCAAAUGUGUAAAAAUCUGCAUAACAAAGUAGAAAAAUGCAACAUUUAUUCCUGUUUUAAACUCAAAACUGCAGUUGACAGCUGUUGACCUUUAAAACCAGUUCCUGGUUUUAAAGGUCACCCUUGUCGGGCAUUUACAUUACCCAUCUGUGUGGUAAAAGUGUCUCCAUCCUUCACAUUUUCACAUGUAAAAAUUCUCAAAUGCGCAGUGUGACUGAGCUGAGACCUGUUGUUAAUGAACCACUAUAAUCAAGAUUCAAAUGGAAAUUUAUCCAGUGGCACAUGAACUGUUUAUAACCCUGUUUCCUAUAACUAAAUUGUUAGUUUUAAUUUAAGCGGUUGCUGCUGCUGCAUGUGUAUUUAUACUCACUCCUCUAGCUGGCUGCUCUCUAAGGAGAUUCUGAUGUAAAUGUAUUUUAGUAUGAAUGGCUUCGUGUAUAAAGAGUAGGACAUGGCUCAUUUAUGACUGUAAUUUAUAUGAACUAAGAUUUGACAAAAGCUGUCAUAUAAGCAUAAAAUUUGGAGUCAGUAAUUACAAACACUGUAAGACACUGGAUGUUUCCAUCAUUUCUGCACACUACUGUAAAUGUUUAGCCACUGAAAUAAACAGAAACUUGCA